GAUCAGCUGGGUUUUGCUGUUAAAUAAGUAUAGAUACAAAACUUUACAAUGGAUGAUCGUCUAAAGUACAGCACCCCAAUAAUGCCACCAAUCUACCAAGCGUCCACAUACUAUGUUAAAUCAAUGGACACUUUUGAAGAACUUAUCAACAAGGAUGGUUAUUUCUAUCUGCGACACGGGUGUCCCACAUCUAGAGUAGCAGAGGAUGCUAUUAAGGAGUUAGAGGGCGGGGUUGGCACCUGCGCGUUCAGCAGCGGCAUGGCAGCCGUGUCCACCAUAUUUAUGGCUUUUCUGAAGCCUGGAGACCACAUGGUGAUGAACUACCCAGUGUACAGUGGUGUAGACAACUUCAUCAGAAAGUUUCUGGUCCCCAAGAUGCAGAUAGAAAUUACCAGGGUUCCUGCCGGAUGUGACGUAGAGAUGUACCGGAAACACGUCAAGGAAAACACCAAGAUACUAUACGGGGAGACCCCCUGCAACCCAAUAUUGACCAUUCUGGACCUCGAUGCCUUUGGAAAACUUGGUCAGAGUCUCCCUGGGGUGAUCACAGUGGUGGACAGCACCUUUGGUGGCCCUUACGUCCAGCAGCCUAUUAAGCAUGGAGUAGACAUCUGUUUUAACAGUUGCACCAAGUAUUUGGGCGGCCACAGUGAUCUUCUUGGUGGAUGUGCCACGACAAGAACAAAAGAACUGUAUGACGUCAUCCAAGAUAUGUCCAUAACAGCGGGUAACAGACUAAAUCCAUUUGACGCCUCUCUUUUGUACCGGGGAGUGUUAACUCUCGGUGUUCGGAUGGAAAAACACUCCCAGAAUGCAUUGGGACUGGCCAAGUUCCUGGAGAACCAUCCAAUCGUAAAUCAAGUAUGGUAUCCCGGCCUCCCCUCCCACCCACAGCACGACACAGCUAAAAAACAAAUGAAAGUUUACGCAGGCAUGAUUGCAUUCGACAUGAAAUGUUCACUGGAAUGUGCCAAGAGUUUUGUCGAGAACCUGAAAGUGAUAAAACUCGCGGUUUCCCUUGGCGGUGUCCGCAGUCUAAUAGAGCUGGCCAGCCUGAUGACCCACGGUCCAUGGAUCUCGGGGGAGGAGUGUGUCGCGAUGAAUAACCUCCCUGAGACCCUGGUUAGGCUGAGUGUCGGAAUUGAAGACAUGGACGUUCUGAUGGAAGAUCUUAAACAGGCACUUGAUAAAAUACCAGUAGCUUCAUGAGAUUUUUUCAUUGAAAAAACUCUAGCUUAGAAAUUAUCAAUUUAUGCUGACACGCACAUAUCAAAAAUAGAUUUUACAUACGUAGAAACAUGUUUUAAAGUGCAUUCUAUGUGUUUAUUGUUUGACGCAGAUGCGAGGCAAAUAGAAAGGGAGGUAGUAAGUUAGAAUUUCCCAUAAUAUGAUUAGGGAUAAAAUUAUGUGAACGCUCAUGUGGUUAAACUAUGUCGGAUUCUGCUGUGGUUAGGCGAGAUGGAUGGAUUGAAAUUGGGGACUUGAAAUAUGCCACCAAAGCUUUGUAUUGGUUCCUUGCAAUUUCAAACACACUUACUGGCAAUUAGAUAAAUUGCAUGUUUUCUUGAGAGUGGAUUACAAAAAUAUUCCUAUUUUAACAAUA